UGUGUAAGAUGUCAACACUGAUCAUUUCCUUCAGUUCGCCACGUUGGAAGAGUUGACGGAUGGCUUUGAGUGUGAAGUUUUUGUGAAAUUUUUAUAUUAUAAUUAAUUUCUAUUAUUUAUCGUGGAAUAUAAACACACAAGGAUUUCAAGAUGAAGGUGAAAGAAUUAUUAAAGAAUGUUAAUGUAGCAUGGUCUCCACAAGCUCAGCAUCCAAUUUUGUUGGCUGCUGGAACUGCAGCACAACAGCUGGAUGCAAGUUUCAAUACUUCAGCAAGUUUAGAUAUAUAUGCACUUAAUCUUCAACAGCCGGGUUAUGAAAUGGAGCAUAAAGUCAGCGUACCCAGUGAUCAUAGAUUUCAUAAAUUAAUAUGGGGAUCGUAUGGAGAUAAUCCAAGUGGUGUUAUUGUUGGUGGUUGUGAUUAUGGAACGAUAAAAAUUUAUUCAGCUGCAAAAUUAUUGGCAAAUGAGAGUAAUUGUUUAUUAAGCAGUCCCGAUCGACACACUGGACCAGUACGUGCAUUGGAUUUUAAUCCAUUUCAAUCGAAUUUAUUGGCAACCGGUGCAUCGGAGAGUGAAAUUUAUAUUUGGGAUGUAAACAAUACAAAUACGCCAAUGGCACCAGGAACAAGAAGUCAACCUGCGGAAGAUGUGCAAUAUAUUGCUUGGAAUAAACAAGUUCAACAUAUUCUAGCAUCAACAUUUUCACAGCGUUGUGUAAUUUGGGAUUUAAGAAAAAAUGAAGCAAUUAUUAAACUCACUGAUGCCAAUUCUAAGGUACGAUGGAAAGUAGUUCAAUGGCAUCCGGACGUGGCAACACAACUUUGUCUAGCCUCUGAGGACGAUCAGGCGCCAGUUAUUGAAUUAUGGGAUUUGAGAUUCGCCACGUCGCCUUUGAAGACACUUCAAAGUCACCAACGUGGAGUUCUCUCAAUCGCUUGGAAUCCUCACGAUCCCGAUUUGCUGUUGAGUUGCGCGAAAGAUAAUCGAAUUCUCUGUUGGAAUCCAAAUUCCGAUGCUCCGAAUGGCGAAGUUGUUUGCGAAUUGACGCAAACAAAUCAAUGGAACUUUGAUGUUGCCUGGAGUCCAAGGGAUCCGGGUCUAAUUGUAGGAACAAGUUUCGAUGAACAUGUUGUUGUUUAUUCCUUGCUCGGCGGAAGAAAUCAAGAAUCUUCCGAAACAUCGAAUAAAAUUGUCGACUCAUUUCCAGGAAUGGAUCCAUUUACUCAAGCGCCACCGACAACAGAAACGGAAGCCGCUGCAAUUUUGAAAAAGGCUCCAAAAUGGAUGAAACGUCCAUUUGGCGCAUCGUUUGGGUUUGGCGGAAAAUUAACGACUUUUGAAAAUGAACCCGUUGAUCCAAAUAUGCCAUCGAAUUCAAAUAGAAAAGUAUUUAUAUCGCAAGUUAUUACAAAUCCAGAAUUAGUGAAACGAUCGAGUGAUUUGGAAGCUGCACUUAAAUCUGAACAAUAUAGCGAUUAUUGCAAUGGAAAAGCAAUGAUGGCGAGGGAUGAGCAUAAUAAAAAAAUUUGGAAUUGUGUUGGAGCUUAUUUCAGUGAUAAUGUAACGACUGGACUUUUAGAUUUAUUAGGAUUUAAUAUAGAAACAAUGAGUAAUAAAUUAAAUCAACUUGUGCCUCGUCAGGACAUUGAUAAUAUCACGGAUGGUAUUGCAAAUUUAGAUAAUGUACUUAAUGGAAACAGUAUCGAUGGAAGUGCAGCAUUUGACGCCAUAGCUGAACAGGAACAAAGUAGAAUAUCGUCGCCUAAAAAGACGCCUGAAAAAAAUUACAAAAUCAACACAUCUGAUGAUGAAGACGGUCUCAUUACACAAGCAAUUCUUCUUGGCAAUAUUGAGGCAGCUGUUUCGCUUUGUUUCGCGAAUAAACGAUACGCGGACGCUGUUAUUCUUUCGAUGGCAGGUGGUCCGGAUUUAUUGGCUCAGACUCAAUAUCGAUAUUUUAUGGAACAUUCAGGUGCUCUCAAUUCGCUCAUCAGUUCUCUAGUGAGCGAAAAUUGGACAGAUAUUGUCAGUAAUUGUGACAUCACUUGUUGGAAGGAGACAUUAGUUGGAAUAUUCACUCACACCGCUCCCAGAGAACGAGCAAUUCUUUGCGACAUGCUGGGAGAUCGUUUAGCAUCGAGUGACAAUUCUGAAUUAUCGAAACAAGCCGAAAUUUGUUUCCUUUGUUCUGGGAAUUUGAAUAAAAUGAUUGAAUCAUCAGAUUCGUCAAUUCAGGAGAAAGCGGAACUUGUCACAAUAAUGCAAAAGGCAUUGGAAUUGCAGGGAACAAGCGAAGUUGUUAUCGAGGGACAAAUUGCGUCGAUUUUAUCACAAUACGCCGAAAUGCUUGCAUCUGAAGGUAAUUUUGAAUCAGCUUUAAAUUACCUUGGUAACAGUCAAGAACCGCGAAUUGCAAUGCUUCGCGAUCGUUUGUAUCGUGCAUUGGGUUACAUUCAAGAUGCGCGUCCAAGACAAUCACAAAGUUACUAUCAACAACAACAACAACAACAACAGCAACAACAGAGAAAAUCUUUGCCAACAAAUACCUAUAAUCCAGUGCAAAUGGGAAAUAAUUGGAAUACAACACCUUUGAAACAAUCUUAUCCAAGUACUGCAAAUCAUUUUGGAACGCCUCUUGUUCCAUCAUUAUCAUCAGCUCCGCCGCCUCUCGAUCAAUUUUCAAAUCAAGCAUCGCCUUAUGGACAAAUUCCAGCACCUCAAGCACCACCACCUCCUCCUCCUCCAACUGCAAGUAAUCUCAGUGGUUCGCGACCACCCAGUGUUGGACCACAAUCGAGAUCGAAAUAUAUUAUUGAUCCAUCGGUGAAAUCUGCUCCCACUUAUGGUGGGAUGUCGAAUUAUCAACAGCCGUCAAUGUUUGGCGCUCAGUCAAAUUCUGUUUCGAGUUUUCCGGCUCAAAACACGUUUCAAGCCAAUCAAGCACCAUUGACUAAUUCACCGUAUUCGAAUCCAGUGCCAAAUUCAAUGUUCAAUGCACAGGAACAAUCGGGAUUAAUGGCGGGCAAUCAACAAACACAAUCGCAAAUUUAUGAUCCCAGUAGAGGUCAAGUGAUUAAUCAACCGCAGGUUUAUGAUAAUCCUUAUCAGCCGAUACCACAACCUGCCGGUUGGAAUGAUCCACCGAUUAGCAACAAACCAACAAGAAUGCAGCCAAAGGCAGAAUUUCAACAACCAGAUCCGAUUCUCCAUCCUUUGAGAGGCGCUGUUCCUCAACAAGAACCGAAUUUUAUGCAGCAACAAGGUUUCUAUCAAGAACCCCAAAUGCAAUACAAUCAGCAAUAUAAUCAGAAUGUUUUAAAUCCUGCAAAUCAAUAUAUGCAGAAUGUUGAACCUCAUCAACAAAUGCAACAAAUUCAACAAAUGCAACCAAUGCAACCAGUACAAACAGUUCCUCCUGCUAGGAUUGUUGAACCAGAAAAACCGAAAGCACCAAUUCCAGAAGAGCAUAUUCAUCUUAAAACAGUUUUGGAUGAAUUACAAUCUCAUUGUUUUGAAAAUGCAAAGAAUCCUCAAACUAAACGAAAAAUAGAAGAUGUUGCCAGAAAACUCGAGGCUCUUUACGAUUGUCUGAGAGAAAACAAGCUGACUCAAAAUACACUUCAAGGAUUACAUCAAAUAUCGCAAAUGAUUCAAACCGGAGAUUACACAGGUGGACUGGGAAUUCACACACAACUUGUAUCAGGACCAGAUUUUAGUCAAAUUGCUUCAUUUAUGCCAGGUAUCAAAGUACUGCUUCAAAGCGCUUUACAAUUAAGCGUCUACAUCAGAUAGAAGACUACUAUUAUUAUUAUUAUUUUUUUUUUAAAUUAGGAAACUCGAUAAUAAAUUAAAAUGCAGUUUCUCUUAUUUUUCUAUUAAUCUCUCAAUGCUUUUCUAAAAGGCUUUGAGUAUAGAAAUUUUUUAAAAAUUACCGAAAAUAAUGUUUGUACAAAGUGAAAUAUCAAGGACGAUUAUCAUUAUUAGGGAAAUUCAAUUGACAAUAUAGUAUAUAGAUAUAAAAAAAAUGCGGGAGUGUGAAAACAAAAACUUUGCCAAAAAAAAUGUUUCU